CUUAAACAAGUUGUGUCAAGUACCGCACCACCACCACUAGCUAGCUAGCAAUGGCCACACCCACCAAUGAACCCACCAUCACCAUGGAGACCUGCGGCGACGUCUCCGACAACCCCACCAUGGAGACCAUCAGUGUCCUCUCCGAUGUUCCCAUUGUGAGCAAAAGCCUCCCCACAGGCGCCGUCUCCGCCAAUUUCAAGGUCACUCCUGGCUUCGGUGGAAUCACGGAGAACGCCAAGGUGAACAUCGACAUGCUGUAUCUGCGCCAGAUCAUGACGGGCUGGGAGGCGAAUCAGUCGGAUGUGAUAAAUCCCAAUACCGUGACUGGGCUAGGUAAAACUGUUGUGAACAACUGGGGGAUCUAUGACGGCCCUGGCUCCAAGGCGAAACUGGUAGCCAAAACACAUGGCAUGCACACAUUUGCCGGCAAAUGGAGCAAUUGGUUCACCCUGGUGUUUGUGGUCGAUAGGUUCGAAGCGUCCACUCUUCAGGUUAUGGGAGCUAAUGAUGAGGAUGAAGCAGAUAAUGACUGGGCCAUUGUAGGUGGGACAGGUGAAUUCACAAUGGCUCGCGGUAUCAUCCAGAGAAGAGUAUAUAGUGUAACAGACAGUACAUUAACACAUGCACUUACUAUUGAAUUCUUCUGCCGCAUGAAGGAGGUCGUCCCUUCACCUACAAAGAGAGGAACAGUUGGUGGAAAUAGAGGCACCCUGCCAUAUAUAUUGGGCGGCCAUGGCAGAAGUGCAGGCGGCGCUGCGCUCGAUGCGGCAGUAGGGACGCGGGAGGCGACGCUGCGCUCGAUGCGGCAGCAGGGAGGCGGGAGCCGUGCGUGGAGACGGAGGAGAAAAUGGGAGGCGUGGCUGAGAGGCAGGCGAGUGGGAAGGGCUGGGGUGUUCCCCACAACACAGAAGAGACCGGUGACGGCCUUGCAGGGACUCGCGGUGGCACGACCGGCGAGGACAUUCUGGAUCUCGCCGGAUCCGGUAGAAAAUUGCGCGCAGGCGGUGGAUCUGGAAGGAAGACCUCCGGAGUUUGGAGCACGACGGUUGGUGGGCGCGGCAUGGCUUCGGGUUAAUCAUCAAGUGAAAGUAACACUUGAUCACAGGGUAUUAAAGUUAGUAGAUCUUGUGAAAUGUUCAUGUGUUCUUACUUCAGCGCCUCUUAUGGUUUUAGCAAUGGAGUUGGCUCUAGCUCUUGGAAAGAUGGUUAACGAGAAGCUGCCCAACCUGCUCACUAGAUUGCGGCGGCAGCGGGGGUUUUGUGUCAGCACGCUGCAGGGAGCUGUUCGACAGUGA